UUGACAGUUCUAUAUUUUAAGGUUAUGUCAUCAUUUCGAAACUAUAUUUAAAAACCUAAUUUAAGUUUAGCGAGGUUCAGCUGUAAUAUAAUGAUUUUUAUCUAUAUACAUUUUAAACUUCAUAAGUUUGUAUGAUGACGUUAACUUAUUUUAUAACGUUUUAAGAGCGACAUUAGUAUUUACUUAAAAAUGUAUAAAACUGUUGCAGGAUGUUCUGUUCUUAUUAUUCUUGUAGGAAUAUUUUUACCAGAUCAGACCAGUGAUGUUAUCGGAAAUCUUCUUGGGUCCCUUUUGUUUUAUAACACCAAAUUUACUGAAAAAUCAGGAGUUCCAUUAUUUACAAAAGACGAUUUGAAAUUGUACAAUGGGGUAGAAAAACCACAACUUUACCUGGCUGUCUUAGGAAAAGUUUAUGAUGUGUCUCGAGGACAUAAGCAUUAUGGUCCCAAUCAGCAGUAUAAUGUAUUUGUUGGGUGUGAUGCAUCCAGGAGUUUCGUAACUGGCAAAUUUAAUAAAGAGGAGCUCAGUGAUGAUGUUGUAGAUCUAAGUAAAGAGGAGUUGAGGUCCCUUAACCACUGGGCUAAAUUUUACAAGAGUUCUUAUGAACAAGUAGGUAAAGUUAUUGGAAAAUAUUAUAAAGAAGAUGGUAAGCUUACUUCUUAUGGAAGUCAAGUUAAAAAACUGAUAAGAGCUGCAGAACUGGACAAAGAAAAUGAAAUGGAAGACAUGAAGAAGUUUCCACCUUGCAACAUUGAGUGGGAUGCAGAAAAAGGCACGAAAUUGUGGUGCUCUAAUAAAAGUGGAGGAAUUUCGAGAGAUUGGGUUGGCUUGCCUAGACAAUAUUAUGAGGUGAAUUCAAAAAGUUACAGAUGUGCUUGCAUUAAAGAAGAUCAAGUGAAUUCUAUUGGAAAUAUAAAGAAGUAUGAAGGUUGUGAUAUAAUGUCUAAUGUUUGUUUUGUUAAAACAUAAUUUUUUCAAGAAACGAUUUUGUAUAAAAUAUGUAAUUUAUUGUGAGUCUCGAAUUAAAUUUUUAUAUUUUAA